UUUUUUUACGGCGUUUGUGGUCGUUGGAGUAAAACAAAGGAGUCGCUAAUAGCACAAGGUUGUGAAGAGCAAACUCAUAUCUUGUUCCUGCUCCUCCAUUUUUCCUCUUCUAUCUAGUUUCGCCGUUGAGAAGUGGAAUUCAGGGAUAAAAUUACGCUUGCUUUUUCUCCAUUCUUCGGACAAAGAUUUGAAGAUACUACUGUCCUACUUCCAUUUUCAGUUCAAAUUCUCAACACUGUUUGGAUGAAGUAGAGAAGAUAGGAAUAAUAAGCAAUAAUGGAAGUAUUAUCAAGUGCAUUAUUAGGUGAAGCUUGUUUGAAACCCUUCAUUAUUAAUGAUAAAUCCAGUUUAAAGUUUUCAUUAGGCAGAAUUACAAAUGGGGUUUUGGAAAGAAAGCUGGAAUUUCGGUGUUUUCUGAGGAAUUGUGAGAAUUAUGGCAAAAUUGGUAGUUUUUCUGUUAAGGCUGUAGAUGGUAAGCAACAAGAACCUCAAGUGGAUGAUUGGAAAUUGGAAUUUUUAGGUAAGCGCCGGCCUUUAAGUUCAGAUCCCAUAAAAAAGAAGAAACUAGAAAAAUCUAGGUUAUUAGCAGAUACAGAUGGUAUGGAUUGGUGUGUGAGGGCUAGGAAAGUUGCAUUGAAAUCCAUUGAUGAUAGGGGAAUGACCCGAGUUAUGGAGAAUAUGGUAAGCCGGAAGGCGAAAAAGAAGAGCAAGAAUAAGAAGAAUAAGAGUAUAGUAGAUAAGAAAGUUAAGGUAGAUGAUGAGGACUUUGAUUUUGAUACUGAUGAUGAAAUUGAAAUGGAUAAUAUUAGUCGAUUAGAUAACAUGGAUCACAUACGUAAGGCGGUUGGAAUGCUUGGAGAUGGGAUGUUUGAGGAAAAGAAGAAGGAAACAAUGGAGACGUUCGUUCAGAGAUUGUCACAGUUUAGUGGUCAGCCAUCUGACCGCAGAAAGGAGGUUAACUUAAACAGGAUGAUUGUAGAUGCCCAGACAGCUGAAGAAGUGUUGGAGGUGGUUUCAGAGAUGAUUGUUUCUGUUGGAAAAGGGUUGAGCCCUUCUCCUGUCACUCCUUUGAAUCUUGCUACAGCAAUUCAUCGGAUCGCAAAGAACAUGGAGAAAGUUUCGAUGAUGGAAACUCGAAGGCUGGCUUUUGCCCGUCAAAGGGAUAUGUCUAUGCUUGUCGGUAUUGCAAUGACUGCACUGCCUGAGUUCUCAGCCCAAGGUAUCUCAAAUAUUGCUUGGGCAUUGUCUAAGAUUGGAGGCGACCUUCUGUACAUGACGGAAAUGGAUAGAGUUGCUGAGAUUGCAAUGACCAAAGUUGAUGAAUUCAAUUCUCAGAAUGUUGCUAAUGUUGCUGGUGCAUUUGCCUCGAUGAGGCACUCUGCUCCAGACCUCUUUGUAGAGUUGUCUAAGAGGGCUUCUGAGAUAAUUCAUACUUUUUGUCCGCAAGAGCUUGCUCAAUUGCUAUGGGCUUUUGCUUUCUUAAAUGAACCAGCUAAUUGUUUGCUUGACGCCUUGGACAAUGUAUUUAAGGAUCAAAACCAGUUUCAAUGUCGUUCAAAUAAGGAUUCAUCAAGUGAUGGUGAGAUUAUAGUUGCAGAUUCUGAAGGUUUGGAUCCUGUUAUCCUUAGAUUCAAUCGGGAUCAGCUCGGAAAUAUAGCUUGGUCUUAUGCUGCUCUUGGUGAGAUGAACCGUAAUUUCUUUUUCAAUGUGUGGAAGACCCUGCAAAAUUGUGAGGAAGAGAGAAUUACAGAUCAGUAUAGAGAGGAUGUCAUGUUUGCUUCUCAGGUCUAUUUGGCGAAUCAUUGCUUGAAGGUUGAGUACUCUCAUCUACAGCUGGCUUUAAGGAGUGAUGUCGAGGAGAUUAUUGCCCGUGCAGGGAGAACCAGGAGAUUCAACCAAAAAGUUACGUCAUCAUUCCAAAAAGAAGUUGCCCGUCUACUUUACAGCACCGGGCUAGAAUGGGUGAGAGAGUAUGCCUUGGACGCGUACACAAUAGAUGCAGCCUUGAUUGACAAAAAAGUUGCUCUUGAAAUCGAUGGACCUACUCAUUUCUCUAGAAAUUUAGGGGUUCCUCUUGGGCAUACUGUGCUAAAACGGCGAUAUAUCUCUGCUUCUGGCUGGGAUAUUGUAUCAGUUUCUCAUCAAGAAUGGCAAAAACUUGAAGGUAGUGUCGAACAAGAAGAACACUUGAGACAAAUUUUGAAGGAUUAUGUAGGUUGAGCUUGUACCGAUCCUGCUCUCGAACAAGGAAAUGUGGAAUAUCGCAUAUCGGUCUAGAAUUGAUAUGGAGCAUGUAAGCUUCAAUGCUGCAUUAUGGACAUAAACAUACUGGAAAAUUUUCUGUAUAUUUUGUUCAAGUGUUUCUUAUAGUAAUGACACACAUAUGUCAUUGUAUUUUUGUACUUUCUAUUAAAACAUUUACCAGGGACUGGGGAGUAUGAUGCAAAAGAAAUUCAUCCCUUUGAACAAGUGAUGCCUCUGCUCUUGAAAAUAAUGUGAGUUUUUAAUUCUUGGUUUUUGAUGUUUUGAAU